CUGACUCACUGAAUUAAGUGAAUGCCACUCAGGAAGUGUUUCUUUGAAGACAGUUUCUUGGAGGCUUCAGUGGAGCAAGAACAAUUGGCACCCAGGAAAAUUAAUCUAAAAUUAGAUCCUUUCUCCACUCUCUAAACAUCCAAAUGGCAAGCCCCCAGAUUUCAACCUCAGCACUUGCUUUGUUCUCUGUUCAUUGUAACCUCCAAUGAAAACAUACCUAAACUCAUCUUCUGGGACUACAGCAUUUCUCAAGAAAUUUCUUCUCAAUCUCCUUCAAGAUUUAGCUGAAUGGCUGGUGCUAACCCAAGUAAAGAAGUGUCCCUGGAACAGAAAGUCCUGCAGGUUUUACAAAGCUCCACGUCCUCAAAGAAGGCCUACAAGAUUGCUGAGGAAUGCUCCGUCGGCCAGGACUGCCGGGUGCCGAGAGCAGACGUCAACAGGGUGCUGCAUGCGUUAAAGAAUAGAGGAAAAGUCACCCUCUUGGAGAGUGGGUACUGGUGCCUGAGCAAGGAAGACAUUACAGACAAAGUCUUCCCUGACACAUCACUUCAAAGGAACGUGGCCCUGGAAGAGAAAGUCCUGCAGGUUUUACAAAGCUCCACGUCCUCAAAGAAGGCCUAUAAGAUCGCUGAGGAAUGCUCUGUCGGCCAGGACUAUCGGGUGUCGAGAGCAGAUGUCAACAGGGUGCUGCAUGCGUUAAAGAAUAGAGGAAAGGUCACCCUCUUGGAAAGCGGGUGCUGGAGUCUGAGCAGGGAAGGUUCUUUAGAUGAAGAUCACUCCAAUGCAUCACUGCAAAGAAACGCUGAUGCUACAGUCCAGGUACUGCAGAAGGAAAUACCUCUUGUUUCUGCGAUUGACAUCAGUCGGCUUCCUGAAAUUUGUCAACCUGGAAAAUGCGAUCUGAUUCCUGCUGUUAUUAUUCAGAACAGUCCAACAAAUGUUAUCUACCAAGGUGGAGAGAAGAACACGGUUUCUAUUGGUGAUUCCAAAGUUACUCAAAUUGGAAGUGUCAACUCAAUGAAUCAGCUUCCUGAUGGUGGCAAGGGUUCUGAUUCUGGAUUUACUUUGCCUACAGUACAGUCUGACUCCCAGACAUCAUGCCCACCUGGAGGGCUGGGGAUUUCCAGUGCAUUGUUGGCCCAGAACAUCACAAUCUUAGAAGCAGAGCUCCAAAAUGUGCAGAUUGGAAAUGAGAACCAAAUGGAUAUUAGGAGCCACGGUGCAUUUGCCAGCUUCACUGAAGACAUGGGAAGACAAAGAGUGCCAGAAAUGACUUUGAUUCCGAGGCAGCACCAGAGUCCUCUCCAUGAGGCCAGCACUCCAAAUUUCCAGCCAGAAUUGCCCGCCGAUCAUUCUUGGAUACAGUCUGCAUCUGUCGGAAGUGAAAACUGCCUUUGGGGUGACGAAAAAGAAGCCGGUGGCACUGAUGCUGAAGUCUGGUCUGUAAGAGCCUUGUGGGCAGGGAUUGUAUCUAUUCUAUUGUAGUGAACUCUCCCAAGGGCUUAGUAUGGUGCUCUGCACACAGUAAGUACUCAAUAAAUACCAUUGAUUGAUUGAAGCAGGAGGUGGCAAUAGUAUGAAGCCUGGAGAAAACUGCCUUUUUUGACCCGAAGUGCCUUUUUUGACCCUCUGUGAAAGGCAACUAUAUUCAAACCAAAUCUGUGUCAAAUGCAUCUUUCAAUGGGGAAUUUUUUGAAUGAUGGGUGGGCAGCCUUAGAGAAAGGGUUGAAGGAUAUGAGAGUGUUUCUCACUUUGUUCCCCAAAUUAUCAGCAGCAAAAAAUUGAGAAAAUCAUUCCAUACUUUAUCCCCCAGCCUUCCUUCCACUUGACCAUCAUCUUUAGCCGCAGCAUUUUCUAAUCCCCCAUUUCCGAUGAUGCCCUAUACUUGAUUGUUGGGAACAUACAGUAUCACUAAAAGACAGGUCACCCCCCCACUCCCUGAAGGGUUUACAUCUCAUGACAACAACAGAGUGAAUUGAAUUCAGCAUUCUUUUCUAGUUUUCUGGAUUACACUAGGACACGAUUUGGGGGUUAAAAUUUGGUAAAAUGAAAAAUAAAUAAAUGAUGG